UCGGCCAUCGGGGCAGUGUGCAGAUAUUCCGAGGAAUGCCGGGCCAGAACCGGGAACUCGGUUUGCUACAAUGGUCGUUGUUUGUGCAGCAUCGGGUUCCAUUAUUCAGGAGAGAAGGACGAUUGCGUGAAAGACAUCAGAUGCCCGAGUUGCCCAGUUACGGAAACUCCAGGAGGUGAUUGUCUCGGUGGAAUGGACCUUUACUGCAAUGGCACUUGUAUCGGCGAGGAAGAAGAAGAUGAAGAGAAUCCCAAAGUAGCUCUCAGCCUUUUGCAAGUGGAGAUUGACAAGAAGCAAGUUGCUACUCCUAAUUGGCCUCACAAUUACCCGUACGGCACAGACCGGUACUUCUGCCUCUCUGCCACUUCCGGACGAAGAGUCAAUCUGGACUUCCGGUGGAUGGACUUGGAAACCAAUUGCGGGAUGGAGGACUGUGAUUACGUCAAGGUGUAUGAUGGAUGCGUGGCGGAUGACCGCCAGAACCUGUUGGCGUUCUUCAACGGCGACAAUUCGCGGUCCAAGGAGUGCGUGACUUCCGUUUGCAACCAAAUGCUCAUACACUUCCAUUCCGACCCCCAGAAGGAGAACAAACGAGCGGACUCCAGAUCUGGGGUCAUGGCCUACUACAAGGCGGUGCCUUACGGAGACAACCCCUGCUCCGACGUUGACAACAACUUUAGCGACAACAGACGGGUUUUCAAAAGUGUGGACUUCCGAUUAUCGACGAUAGCGACUAUGAGUGAAGUACCUGCGUUGAACGUAUCACCGCUCAUCAAGAGUGCGAGAUGGUUAAUGCUGCUGGCCGGGGUCUCCUAUGGCUUCACUCGCCACCAAGUUCUUCUGGCCCAGGAAACGGAAAGAAGACGAGUUGAGGCCGAGAAGAAGGAGCUUCGUGCCGCUGAUAUGGCCAAAGAGAAGAUGAAGAAGAUUCGCGAUGAGCUGGAAGAAAUCGGUCGCCAAGCCGGGAUCCCAGAUUUUGUCAAACAAGCCGGAGGAGCUGCUGCUGCUUCAAGCGGUGGUGGUGCUGGUGCUGGAGGCGGUGAUAGAUCGUCCGGCAGCAAGGAUUCUUCCCAGCAGAAAACCGCGAGCAAUCUAACAAGCGGCAGCAAUAAGGGCAUAACCAAAGACGAUAAAUCUGCUGGAGAUUCUUCCAAGCCGAAGACGACAACUGCUGCUAAUAAGGAGAGCAAAACAGCUGAUAAAUCUGGUGCCGAUGACGGCUCUUCAGCGGUGACUCAGGAGGACGUGGAGAAAGCUAGGAAGCAAGAAGGAAGGCAAGGCGAUGUGGAUGAGGAGCGGUGGUAUGGUGCUGGCGAGAUGAUGCAUGCCGAUGCAGAACUGCGGACGAUUUUGUUCUCCUCGGUCCUCGUUGGAAGAAAUACUGGGAAUUUAGGUUACCGUAUUCGCCUUCUUGUAGGAUGGAUUCUCUGCAAGCAUUUCAAGUUCCACGCUCAGUGUGUAUCUCCUGCGUGCUUCAGAUACUUCACGUCAUCCGAAGGAGCAGUUACCGUUGCAGUGCAAACCAGGAGAGCCUUAGGUCUUACUUCGGACUUGAUGGCCGCGUUUGGGUUGAAUGGCGGUGACAGGCAAUGGAUCGUCAUGCCUGGAAGGAAAGCUAGAAGACUCGUGACGAUCUUCGAGUCCUCAAUCAACAUCGUGCCUCUUGGAAUGUCGCGGUUAUCCGCUACUGUGCUUAAUGUUUCAUCCAGCAUUCCAUUGAUACUUUUCCCCACGAAAGUGUGUAUUCCACGCAUCAAAAACAUCCAAUUCUUCUGUGAAAAACGAAGGAUUUUGAACAAAUAUCAAAUGGGGGAUUCAUUCUUAGCAUUGAACAUUCAAGCGGAAGCCGUUUUACGUAGAUUUUUGGCCAUAUCGCAUGCUGUGUUUUCGCCUGGAGAUGCUUUCGAAGUGAGGGUUGCUGACAGCUAUCACGUUAGCCUAAUGGAUUCUCCAGAAGACCUACGAUUCACCGUCGAUUCUGCGCCUUCCGAAGAUGUUUUCUUCGUUGAUCCGAACUUCUCGAAAGUAACGUUGGCUAAUCAUACUCCAAAGUGUUCUCUGCCGCUUUUCAUGGAAUGCGUUUGUGCAUGUCCUGUGUGUCCUUCCCUUGUGCCUCAUUAUCAAGUUGUUGCUGGGAUUGCGAAGCUUGUGUCAGCGAGUGUUUUGGGGAACGUAUCAAAGCCUAGGAUCCUGGUUGCUGCUGCUAUUGAUGAUCCAGUUUCGUUGACGAACAUUUUGAUCAGAGCAUCAAGCCUGAAUGAUGUGCCGUAUUUGUUGAGGCCGGCAUCCACAUUCAAUGGCGAAUCCUGUGGACUGAUUGAAGGUCGACUCAAGCAAUUUUAUUCACUUGCCAGACAGCAUGCUCCGUGUAUUGCAAUAAUCAGUGAACUUCAGCUGUUCAAACGCCGAGAAGAACGAGUGGGGCGUAGGGUAGUAAGUUGCUUUGAGCAAUUGGCGAUGGAAUCAGAGAAGCUUGGGGUAUAUACUGUUGCUACUUGCAGAGAUCCGAGAGACUUAGACCCGAUGGUGGCCGAAAUUUUUUCAAAAGUUAUUUGUGUUGAUCUUCCUUCCGAAGCGGAGCGUUGCAAGUUCUACGAAAAUCACCAAUCUUUGGUUCGGGCCACUGGGGGGUUUUCAUCUGCACAGUUGGAAUUUUCUUCUGUGUUGAAGAAGUUGGACCAAAACAAGAGCGUUCGAGACUUGGUGAAAGAUACUUGGAAAGCUUUCAAUUCAGAGAUUUCCUACGUGCCAGAUGUGAGAUGGAGUGAUGUCGGCGGGCUAGAAUUGGCAAAAACAGAGCUGCGUGAAAUGCUUGAAACAAGUAUUCUGAACAUCGAAGUAUCGAAAACCGGUCUGCACCGAUCAGGAAUUCUACUGUAUGGUCCUCCAGGAACCGGGAAGACUCUCAUGGCCAAAGCAGCAGCUAGUGAAUUCGGACUUAAUUUCGCUUCUGUGAAAGGACCAGAACUUAUCAGUAUGUACGUUGGGCAAAGUGAAAGAAAUAUCCGUGAUGUGUUCGCUCGUGCUCGUGCUUGUGCACCUUGUGUAAUUUUCUUUGAUGAAUUGGACUCCCUUGCUCCAAACCGAGGGAGAACUGGUGAUUCAGGUGGAGUGAUGGAUCGCAUCGUUGCUCAGUUUUUGUCGGAAUUGGAUGGGAUCUUCAGCGACGGGAGAGUUUAUUUAAUUGGGGCCACGAAUCGACCUGAUUUAAUAGAUCCAGCUCUAUUGAGACCGGGCAGAUUUGAACGUUCAGUUUACAUUGGUGUCGCUACGGAGCAACGUCAUCGCGUUGCUAUUUUGAAGGCAUUGACAAAAGAUUUGAAACUUCGUUCCGACGUUAACUUGAGCGAAAUCGCAAACUUGUGUCCAGAAGAAACAACCGGAGCUGAGUUCUCUUCGUUUUGCUCUGAUGCGGUGUCCAGUGCAUUACGGCGAACAAUUUCGGACCUAAAAUGUGAUCAAGACGUUGACAUUCUUGUGACGCCGGAAGAUUUCAGAAUUGCCUCUGAGGCAUCGAGCGUACAAAAAAAGCGUCGUGAAAAUUACAAAGCAUUGUAUAACUCAGAGGAACAUAUUUUUUUGGUUUUUUUAAGGCAGAAAGGAAUGCUUUGUUGCGCCUGCUGUCAGUCCGAAUUCCCUUGCGAAGUACUGGAAAAGAAGCCGUGUAAAUUCACAAUUUAUUACAAUGUCGUGAAAUCUGAUGACCGAAUUACUGCGGAUACUCAAGGCAAUGCAGAUGGUCCGCUAGCCGACAGGACAUGCCCGAAAUGCCAAAAUCCAUCAAUGUCUUUUGCAACGCUACAGUUGAGAUCAGCUGAUGAGGGACAAACUGUCUUCUAUACUUGUCCCAAGUGCAAGCACCGUGAAUUUGAGACUACUUGAAUUGUUAUUUCGUUUUUCUGGCGCGAAUAAGAAGCAAUUUCCAGUAUUUUACUUAGCUUUUCGAAACCCGUUAUUUUCUGCUGAGCAUCAGACCAGUGCGAGGGAUCAGCAUUUCCAUCCAGAUUUCUUGUGAGAAAAUUUAGUGAUGUCUGAGAGUGAUGAUGAAGUGCCCGAUUUGGUGGAAGUUGCGCGAGGAACCGAGGAGAAGCGCGUACCUAUAACAAUUUUGACUGGCUACCUCGGUGCUGGUAAAACAACUUUGUUGAAGUAUAUUUUGACUGAGAACCAUGGGAAAAAGAUUGCCGUGAUUAUGAAUGAAUUUGGCGAUGGGUCAGCUUUGGAAGAUCGAUCAAUUUCCGUUUCUGAUCGCGGGGGUGACAUGUACAUGGACUGGCUCGAGCUCAGGAAUGGUUGCAUGUGCUGCACUCUCAAGAGUGUGGGAGUUCAGGCCAUAGAAAGUCUUAUGCAAAGGAAAGGUAGAUUUGACUACAUAUUACUCGAAACAACUGGUUUGGCGGAUCCAGGACCGUUGGUGUCGAGUUUCUGGCUUGAUCCCGGCUUGAUGAGCGACAUUGAUCUCGAUGGCGUUGUAACUGUUGUUGAUGCGAAAUACGGAUUGCAGCAAUUGUUGACAGUAGAUGCCGAUGGAUCUCCCUCCGAAGCAUGCAGGCAGAUCGCACUGGCGGACGUUAUUAUUGUAAACAAGGUCGAUCUAGUUUCUGUGGAGGAGCUUGAAGCAUUGGAGAUGGCGAUGCGGGAAAUCAAUAAUUUCUCGAAAAUUAUUCGGACUCAGAAUAGUCGUGUAGAUCUUGACACUGUUCUCAACCUAAAUUCGUACGCCGUGGAUCUGGCGCAAAGACUUCCAAAUAUUGUAGAACAGCGGAUGCAGACCUUGAAGAAUUCCUCCCUACCAGCAGAGCAUCAAACGAAGAGAAUAGCAAGUUUCACGUUUGAAUUUCCCGGAACUACAACAAGGGAAGCUGUGGAAAAAGCGCUCAUUCCGCUAAUUUGGGAGGAUGAAAAGGAUAACAAGGAUCUGCAUGUUUUACGAAUGAAGGCUGUUUUGUGCAUGGGAAAUGGAACAUAUGAGCUGAUGCAGUCAGUGAAUGAAAUUUUUGACUUCGCCCCCCUACAUUUGAGUCCCAAGGAUCUGGAAGGACUGAACGGCCACUGCCGGUUUAUAAUCAUCGGGAAAAACUUGGAUGCCGAAGAUUUGAAAAGACGCUUUUCCUCAGCGAUCGCGUGUUGAGUCCGCGACCUCUGUUAAGUCCGUGCAUACAGUGUAACAAAUUUGAAAAAACUUCGUGAGAAAAAAGAUUUGCGAGGACUGAUCAAUA